AUGUAUAGAGUUGUUGCAUCUAUCUCUCUCUCUCUCUCGUUGUCAUCGAAUCCCAAAUCCCCAACUGCUGCAUUCAGUGCCCGGAAGCCUCCUCCACGACUGACCCAUCAUCAAGGAUGGCAAGCUCUACCUCAUCUCAGCUCACGAACAGCUCUUGAAAAGCCGACCGGGGCUUUAGCUCUCUCUGUCUCCCAAAACCACAGAACUCGCCGAGUCGACUCGGACCCCAAAACCGGCCUCCGACUCGGUCCUCCCGAAGCCAUGCAAGUGCUCUCCAACACUCGCAGGCUCUCCAGAGUCCUCAAAUCUCCAAUCUUCAUCUUCUCCGAACGACUCCUCGCUCCCGACGCGCCCCUCGCCGAAGCUCCACGCGCUCGUCUCCAAUGGCGGAAGCUCCUCACCACUCUCUCUCCCCAACCCUCUGGCAUUACUCGAGGUUGUUGUCUUUCGCCGACGGAGCAACACUCGAUGAUGAUUUCGCUUACAGAACGAAAAGAAAACCACUCGAUUGACUCCACCCGGGUCCGUCGAUUACAGUCCGGCCGUUCCUCUCUCGGCGAGUUCGUCGCCGUCGCUUCUUACGGCUCUCGUCCCUGGGACGGCGAGUUUCACCGUUUUGAUGAACUGAUAGGGGGUUGUGGACACGAUGAUCAAUCAGAGAAUUUUCUCUCAUUGGCUACAUUCUGUCACUUCUGUGUCGUAGAAGUGAAGGUUGCUAUUCGAAGACUAUCCAUGACUUGGUUGGAAUGA